GGACUAGCAUUUGUUGCGACAAUGCCGGCCUAUGUGGUAGCCAUGAUGGCAAUCCAUGAUCGAGAAACGUAUAGAAAAUACACCGCACUGUCGCCAUCAAUCGUUAAGCGGUAUGGCGGCAAAUUUCUUACUCGGGGUGAAGAGGUUUGGUCAAUGGAGGGAGAUAUAUAUAAGGAUCGAAUGGUAAUCUUGGAAUUUCCAACGAAAGCAGAUGUGGAAGCAUGCUUCAAAGAGGACGCCGAGUAUCUAGCUGCCGUCCAGUUUCGCCAUUCAGCCUCAAUCGGGCGCAUCCUGGUCCAGGAAGGAGGUACGAAUACUGAAAAUCCUGAUCCAAAUGUCUAAAUAGACCGCGUAGGGAGGUAUGGGAUGAGAUUUACCUUGAUAUACGAUCAUAGUUUAAAAUUCACUUAUGGGCAUAGCUCAAUAAAAU